CAUUCAACUUAAUAUAAGAUUAGGCUGUAAUGUAAACGUUUGAUCAUAUAAACUAAUGUUAAUUUAAUAUUUAUAUCGAUAAUAACUAUUACGAUAAUAACAGUAAUAAUUACACUUUAAUUUGUAUUGUUUUCUAUUACUUUUUAGCUUCAAAUUUGGAUAUCAUCCGUAGUAAUUGAACAAUAGAGGCCAGGAGUUAAAUCCCAUUCAAAUUGCCAAUAUCCUGAAGGGAUAUAACAAAUAAAUAUCCGGAUUAUCAAAAGAAUGUGCAGCCAGGCGUUGAUAUCGCUGAAAAGACAGGACAACAACCAGCCCUGGGGUUUCAGGUUGAAGGGUGGGGCCGACCAGGGCCUGCAGCUUUUCAUCGAACAUAUACAGCCGAACGGGCGCGCAAGUUAUGCGGGGUUGCGAGCCGGGGAUCUGGUGCUAUCAAUCUGCGGCGUGCCCACUGCCAACCUAACCCAUGCCCAGGUCAAGGGUGAAAUUUUGAGAGCCGGUAAUGAUAUUGAUCUCGUUAUACAAAGGAAUGGCGAAGUUAGUGUAUCGAGUCAUGGUGAAGCCGAACCCGGUAACGAGCCAAGAUCGGUCAUCGACGAAAAACCGUUACCGAAAUUAGGCGGUCCCCGUUUCAAACCGGUUCAACAAAAAACCUUCCAAGUGUUAGAAGAACAACUGCAGCCAGCCGCUAGCAGUGCUGGUGGUGGUGCCUCGCCCGACGCACACGUGGCAGAUGCUCCAAGACCGGCCUCAAUUUUCGAUCGCAAAAAGCAAGAGAGGUCAGACUACUUAGUGGCCAAGGGCAACACAAUUC